AGACGUUUAAUUAUUGCGAUGUUGUUGCUGGUGUUGGCAAGCACUCUGCUCUACUUCAGCUCAGCUCCUACGGAUUUCUUAAAAUCCUGCUGCACUCCGUCAGUCGAGACAAUCAGUGAACAGCCUCAUACAAAGGAACAAAACUCGGAUCGCGGCAGUGAUAAGAAUGCUCUCUCGCCAUCAAGCGAUACUCUCGGUGACCAGACAGCAAGACUCAAGAACGUCAAUAACAACAGCAACCACACCAUAUACACUCAAAUCACUAGCAUAAAUGGCAUGGACAAUCAACGCAGCAUCAACAGUAGUGAAAGCCCUAAAUCUGAAGGAGACUUAGAUAAAAUAAGCAAUAACAAGUUGAGCAACAUGACAGGCGAGAAGGCAAACUUGAGCUCAGUGAGCGGUGAGCCGUUGCACUGCCCAACUAUGCCUCCAAACCUUGAAGGACCAGUCGCUGUGAACACUUCUUCAGCCGAUCUUGCGGCCGAGCAGCGGCGGCACCCCGAGCUGCUGCCUGGGGGCCGUUGGCGGCCAGCACAGUGCCGGGCACGGCAGAAGGUGGCCGUCAUCGUACCAUACAGAUCACGCGCUUCUCAACUGCCAAUAUUCCUGCGCCACAUGCACCCGUUCCUGCAGAAGCAGCAGCUCGACUACGGCAUCUUCGUCGUGGAACAGGCAGGUAAAAGAGAGUUCAACCGUGCAACACUUCUGAACAUUGGGGCGCUGGAGAGCAUGAAGCUGUACCCCUACGACUGUUUCAUCUUCCACGACAUCGACCUGCUGCCUGAAGACGACCGCAACUUGUACGCCUGCCGUGAGCAACCUCUGCAUCUGAGUGUCGCUUACGACACCUUCAACUACAAACUGCCGUACGAAACUUUUUUCGGUGGUGCCAACGCAAUCUCUGUGGGCCACUUCCGGCAAUUAAACGGCUUCAGCAACAAGUUCUGGGGCUGGGGCGGGGAAGAUGAUGACAUGGCCAACCGCAUUAAACACCAUGGGCUGUCCAUCUCCCGUAACCCCGCCGACAUUGCGCGCUACACUAUGAUCAAGCACAAGAAGGAGAAACGCAGCCCUCUGAGGAGCAAAAUGGUAAGGGAGGGCCCGAGUCGCUUCACCUCAGAUGGACUCAACUCUUUGCAGUACCGCGUGCUGGACAUGCAGCUGCUCAGGCUAUACACGUGGAUCCAUGCUGAGCCUUUAAAUAAAUAACGGCUAGCUUUAGCAUAUUGAGUUUUUUCUUUACCUAU